GUUAUGUUGAUGUUAUUCUUCCACUGUGGCACUUUUUUCUAAUCAGUCUUUUGAUUCAUGAGAAAUUGCUUCCUUUUUUUUCCUUUGUGCAUUUGUCGGCAGUAGUGUGCCACGUUUAUUUAUGAAUUUCCCUGUGUUUAGUAUAAUUUGAAUACCACCGUUGUGAGCCAGGAACUAUUGAUUCAAAUGUCUGUUGAUCUAAAAUCAAACUGAACGCUUAAGUAUUUGAUAAGGAUUUUCUUCUCUUGGAUCACGAUGAAGUCAUCUAUAGCUCUGUUAUGCGCUCUUUACUGUCUCUAUUUCUUAACUUGCUGUGAUGGUCAGUCCAGAACUAAAGGGCUAUCGCUUUCUGACCGGGUGGAACAGUUAUCAGAGAUGAGCUUCAAACGAUCUGUGAUCAAAUUCAAUCCUCAAAAGUUCAAAGACUUCGUGAAAGCCACACCUAGAAAUUAUUCUGUCGUCAUUAUGUUUACUGCUAUUGCACCAGCGCGACAAUGUACAAUUUGUAGGCAGGCAAGUGAAGAGUUCACUAUUGUUGCCAACUCUCAUCGCUACUCAGCAGUCUAUAAUAAAGACCUAUUCUUUGCUGUUUUGGACUUUGAUGGAAGUGCAGAAGUAUUUCAAUGGAUGAAAAUUAACACAGCACCAAUGUUCAUUCAUUUUCCUCCAAAAGGAAAACCUAAGAACAAGGACACUCUUGAUGUACAAAGAGUAGGUUUUGCAGCAGAAUCAAUUGCCAAGUGGAUUCACGAACAAACCGACGUUCAAAUCAGAGUGUUCAGACCACCGAAUUACUCCAACUCCGUAGCAUUCUUAUUAGUCCUUUGUUUACUCGGAGGAUUCUUGUACCUUCGCCGCAACAAUUUGGAUAUGUUCUAUAACAAGACACUCUGGGGCGUGGCCUCUGUGUUUUUCUGCUUCGCAAUGGUCUCCGGACAAAUGUGGAAUCACAUUCGCAGUCCUCCAUUUGUGCACAAAACUCACCAAGGCGUCAUGUAUAUUCAUGGCUCCUCUCAAGGGCAGUUUGUCCUAGAGACGUAUAUCGUUAUCAUUUUGAAUGCCGCAAUUGUCGUUGGAAUGAUCAUGAUGAUUGAUGCAGCAUCAAAAAAAGGAGAAGUGAGAGUACGUCGAAUCAUGGCCAUUCUUGGACUCGUUUUUGUUGCUAUUGAUUUUAGCGUUAUUCUGUCCAUAUUCAGAUCAAAAGCUCAUGGAUAUCCUUACAGUUUCUUAAUAUAAUUCGUCACUUCAGGCUGAAAAGGAGAGUUCAGUUAUUAAGUGCAGAAAACGGCAACAGAAGCGUUAAUUUUCGAUCUCCCUCUACCUUUGCACAAGUUAUGUUCGGAAAUGAUGAGGUUUCUUGCUGUGAAUUAAGUUUCCGAGUUUGAAAAUUUCAUCUGUUGUGUUCAGAAAAUAAUCCUUCAUAUUGACACAUUGUAAACCAGUUGGACACCCAUAUCGUUACUUCACAAUGGUAGCAAAUUUUAUCAAAUCGACAGUGUAAGUCGGCAAUCACAUUACUCGGUUUGCGACGUUGCAGACAUCUUGUCAUACUUUAUUUUUUAAAUGGAAAACCACUCCAAGGCAUUUCUUUAAAACUGAUAAGAUUUUUCUUCUCUGUGCGAAGAAAGUUCUGCAAAAACUUCAAGGAAUGAUGUCAAUUUGUUCUCCUUUAAAAAAUUAACAUAGAGGUGGAGAUUUUCAGACACCGCAGGCAAGUUAUGUGAUUGCCGACUUACACCGUCAAAAUGGAAUGUUAUUUCAGCCACCUUUCACGAUUCCUUCUUUACUUAAUAUUUUCGGUUGUAAUUUUUUUUAAACUGUUUUCUCACGAUGGUUCUUUAGAUUUAAGUUUAGGAUUUGCCAUCACCAUGAUGUAACUGUCAAUUAAUUCAAACUUCGAAAAAAUUUUAUAAAAGACUCUAAAGUUGAAGCAUUUUGCUGAGAAUUCAUUAUCGCUGUCUAAAAUCCACUAGAUACAUUGUUUGAAACAACUCUGAACCAGUCUUAAAGUGAAUAACGCAAAAUGGCUAAGCUUCAAUGUUCACCUAGACCCAUGCGUUGUUAUUAAUUAAAGAUGAUUUAAGCACGAUCUGACCAGAUGAUCAAACAGAUAUGAUUUAAAAGAAGUUCUAGAAAACAACGCACAGGCCUACUAUGGUCCUGUGGUACAUAGGAGUUUUUCAACACCCUCAUUGCAGAUUGAACUUUUCUGCUCAAUGAUAUCUUUAUUUCUUUCAGAGUUACUUCAAACCAUUUCAUUAUCAAAUUAUGUAAAAUUUUAUCUAAUGAUCGGUAGAUGAUCAUGGUAAGUAAAGUACAUUAUUAUAAAAAUGAUCUGAAAUUGUAAAAACGCCAGUUUGUCAGAACAAACAAAGAGGAGCACUAACAUGUUCAUGGAUCCACGUGUGCAAUCAUUUUUAAAGUUCGAUUGGAGUUAUAGUAUUUUUUUUCUUUUCUUUUUUUUGCAUUUGUUUUCUGUUAAGGUUUCCUGUCUUGAGAAGGGAAACGUUAAACUUUUCUGUAUUCCCAAGCGCAAUAGAAUAAAAUUUUUGUUUACAUAAA